GUUUUCUUGAUUAGUUCUUACCAAGCAGUGCUUGACGGACAUGGCGGACUGGAUCACCCAGGGUAUUUGUUUACAUAGGAAUAUAUAAUAAUUUUCUUCGUUUUGGGGUUAUAACACAUGCUUGUCAAAAGAAGACAUAAACAAAGUCAAUAACCAAGUGAUUCAAUUUUUAUGAAUGUGUUUUUGGUCGGAAGAAGGACAGGGAUUUAUUUGUGGUUUGGGUGUUGCUAACCACGCGAUCGUAUCUUUGUACCUGUCAACCACAUUGUCUUAGAGAAUAUUGGAACCGGAUUCUGACCGUUACAGGAUUUGACAUUCGCUACCACAUAUACAGUCCAUCACCAUACCAUGUCAUCAGCAAUGGUGGGAAAUGGAUAUCAACAAAACUACAACACAUAUAACGGACAGCCCGCCCCCAACCAGGGACAAAAUGUGAUGGCUACAGGUGUGUUGAGCAAUAGUGAUGAACACCACCAGAACAUACAGGAAUUCCUAGGCAGUCAGCGUCAGAGGGAAUAUAAUCAAAUGUUACAAAAGCAGGAUGGCUAUCAUGAACCCCACCCAUCAUCAAGACCACCAGCCAAUGAACAACAGUAUUACAGUUCGUCCCCAUCGCAGCCACAAAGUGUUCAGAAUCAACUGAGCGAGGAAGAAAGUGAUUCUAGCGAUGAAUUGGACAUAAAUGAACAUUCCAAUCAUCGCAAAGGUCGACGUUACAAAGACGGUGAUCCUGCGGAGGACGAUCAUCCUACUCCGUUACCGUGGGAUAAGAAUCUGUUGGAGGGAAAGCAAAGUGACGAGUUCCUGGCACGGGGUGGAAUUCCGAGACGAAGGAAACAAAAAUACACUCGGAAAUCUGGCAGGGCCAAGGAAAGGAAAAAUGAUUAUGUGGCUUUCCUUCAAUCGAAACUACUGGCUGUAAAAAAACAAAUUGAGUCAGAGAUGAAGGAAUUACAAAUUCAAUCUGGAGAGGAAGAAGAAAAUACAGAGGAUGAGCAGGAUGAACAGAAGAAAGGGAUUCAUAAGGAAACCAACAGAAAGAAAAAACUCCCAAAAAGAAAGAACAUACCAAGGGAGCUAAUCGUCCAUAAACGAGGAUUACAAACUCCACCUUGGGCAGAACAUUUCGAUGUGAAAGAAAUCAAAACUGCAGAUAAAGUAGGCCACGGAAAUGAGAAAAGUAUGAACUUAUCUGAACAAAAAGGCAUCCUUGAAGAACAGCCUUGGUAUCAAAAUCAUCAAAAAAACCGAAGAGUUACUCCAAUAGAAAAAGAGUCCAGUAAAAAUCAUCAUCACCAUGAGAAAUAUGAACCUAGUCAGUUAAGUCAAUCAGAAGGUCGUUCAUGGAACAAAAAUAAGAAUGACCUGGAGCGCUCUCAUGGUAGAAACAAGUAUCCUCAUAACCAAACAGACGAAUCAAAAUUGAAUGGACAGAAACAUUCUAAUCCUGUGCAGAAAGGUCCUCAGACUGGUUCUUAUCCUGAAAAUAAAGGUCAACGAUCGGUCACUCGAGAAAGUGAGAGUCAUUUAUGGAACAAUACAAGGAGAAUGCAGUAUAAUAAAAACCAUCCGUGGAAUGAACAACAAAGUCAGGAUAUAUCAUUGGAUGAUUACGAACAACAAACCAGAGGUCAAGGUCAGCAGAGAGAAAAUAGAUCCUUUCAUCCCAGUCAGCAAGGUGAGCAUAGACAAAGUAGAGGUCACCUGGACAAUGGUCAAAGGGUUGAAGGUCACCAGGAUGAAGGUUUACAAAGGAAGUGCAUUGAUCAGAAACAAGGAAGUCAAGCAAAGUCACAGGAAAGAAAGAAGUAUGAAAAUCAAUCUGACAGAGGUCAAAUUGACAGAGGUCAAUCUGACAGAGCUCAAUGGGACAAAAGUCAAUGGGAUGAAGGUCAGCUUAGUAAAGCUCAACUGGAAAAGAAUCACAAAGAAGAAAUUAACUACAGGCAUUCAAAUAACCAGCAAGAGGAGGACACGACAGAGGAGGGAAAGCAUUUUGAUGACUUCAUGCCAUUUGGUGGAAUGCUGAGGAGGAGAAAAGUUGACCCAGUUACUCUAAAGUCCGAGUUCUUGGAGGAGACACGGAAGAGUUACAAAGAGCUGACCAUGAAGGAACAGAACCCGUCUCCUCGGAGGAUGCCCACACCUCCUCAUGGUCUAGAUAUUGUCAGCCAGUCUGAGAGGACAAGGCAGGCUAGGGAGAAACAGCGACAGUAUGGACAAGAAUUACAGAAGCAAACACAGGAGCAAAUGUUUAAGAAAAUCCAGAAUAAUAUUUCGGUCAUAGAUAGGACGGGCCAACUACCAGAAGCACCCAAUCAGUACAAUCAUGUUGCUCCACAGCAGCAUGCCAUACCCCCGCCUCAACAACAUGCUUCACCUUCUUCCCGUAACAUCGCACCUCAGCAUCCUCCUCCACAGACUGCCUCACCCCCACCACCACAACACCACAAAAUGUUACCCCAUCCACCACAACACUCCCAAAUGUUACCCCCACCAACACAACAUACCCAAAUGUACCCCCCACAGCAACAUCCAUCUCAAAUGUUACCCCCGCAGUCUCCAAGGAAACCCCCUCAGUUACAUCAUACUCAGAUGAGUAAUUCCUAUGCGGAACAUCAUCAAGCCACACCUGCCGGAUCACGCUCUCCACCUCCCAGGCAGAGGAGCCACCCCACCCCCCAAAGAACAGAACAUGGGUACCAUCCAGAAUAUAAUGGGAAACAACAGAGUUCAAUAGAGUCUAGAGAUGGUCACCGCCCCCCGCCCCACCCCAGGAGACAUGCCACACCUGAUAGGCCAGACUGGGCUCGAGGACCACCACCCAGGCAGGAUGGAACCCCCACAGGCAGAUCCUCAUUUAGGCGUGACGAUCGACAGACUCCUAGUUACUGGAACGGCGGAAUCCCUGUCCGGUCUCCGGCGACCACUCCCAGUACUCGCACGCCCAGCACACAACAUUCUAAUAGGACCCUGACCCCCAAAGACUCCCAGGAAAAUAUACCGGAUAUACAUCUUGAAUCUUACCGCAAAAACCCCUUUGAGGAAAAUCGCAGAGGGGAAAGGAAUAGAGAAUACAAUGAGUUUCUUAGCCAGAAAGAAGUGAAGGCUCAAAGCAAGAGAGAACAGAUAGAUAAUUUGAGGAGGCAACCAGCGGUCCAACCGAAGUUCGACAAAUACGCUAGCUCGGACAGCCAUCAACAGCACCGGAAACAACUAGAGUCUGAACUUCGUGACCAGUACCAGUCCUUCCUGUCACAGAAUGGAGAGCCGGUAUAUACGAGUAGGAAUCCGAACUCAGAGUUAACCCUAAGUAGGCUCUCGGGCGGGCUGUCGGGUGGCAUAUUUGGUGAUGUACAACAUGAACAGGAUCGCCGACGAGUGAUGGUCCAACAGCGAAACAAAGAAUAUAAUCAAUUGAAGACAAAGAGUUAUUCACGGGAGCCUCAGCAUGAGUACAGCAGAAAAGGUCCAGAACUCGGUUUACCUCUUGAUAAUAAGAAGUCAAAUGAAUUGCGACGACGACAAGAAAAAGAUCGAAAUCAAGAAUAUAGGAGUUUUUUAGAAGAAAAGAAACGUUCACCAAGGAGAUACCAUCCGCCAACCCCCGAGGAUAAACAAGGCCUUCCUUUAACACAAAGGCCUUACGAUGAGAUGAAGGCUAUAAACGAAAAGCAGAGAAACAUGGAAUAUAACCAGUAUCUAGCAAAGACUGGGCUCCCGUUUGAUAAGAUGAGUUUGCAAGGCAGUGUUCAGGGAUCGGCGUUAGCCAGACAAGUUAACGGCCACCAUUCUGAAACGGAACAACCCACUCCUCAGAAAAGAUAUCCAAGCAAGAAACACGAUCGUGAGGUCACGCACAGAGUUGAGGAAGAGACGAAGCAACAGCCUGCAAACAGAAGCAAAGAGUUCUGGAGUUCCAAUGAUAACCCUAAGAUUUACCCCACUUCCGGUGAAUACAGGAGGCGAGGAGAGAAAAUGAAAGAAGAACUUCGGGAGGAAUUUCACGUCUUCAUGGAUAAGCAAGAACAGCCGAAAGAAAGGAAGAAGGUAUUUGGUGAGCAAGGUAGUGUGCUGUUUGUCUCGCAAUACCCGGACACAAAAAAGCACAUGAAUGCGGAGAGAAAAAGAGACAUGCUAGAACACCUAGAGAAAAAGAAGGGCGAGGUUCCCAGAAGACAAGGUGACCCUUCUAUGGACGAAAAGAACAUGUUUUCCGAUCUGGGUAAAUCACAGGAUGCUCAUAAAAAGAAAAUUCACGAGAACGCUAAACAGGACUACAGGAACUAUGUCGACCAUGCCUUCCCAGAAGGUCUGAAUAGAGGAGAGCCAACAUUUGCUGCUAGGAAAGCGCCACCUGACAGUUGGUACGACGCCCAACCUCCUACACACAGACGCUCACCACCCCGAGACUACAGACCGGAUCAAGAAAACCACCAGAGACACAAUCAUGAUGCUUACGCCGAACGAUUAGAUCAAGCUCGUGCAAACGAGGCUUUAUACAGGAAACAUGACCACCAGAUGAACGAUCAUGGACACAGACAACCUCCACCAAGCCAAGCCCAGGCUCCAUAUGCAUUGUACUAAAACGGGAGAGGACUUCGAUAUGCUGAUUUGAAGUCAGAUGUUCAUAGCAUUGGUGUAACCUGAAUGCGCUGACGACAUGGGAUCGUGGUGUCAUCAGGUUCACAUGAAGGAAUAAUGGUUAUAGUGCUGGUGAAGUCAUUGGGAUGAACAUAUAUUUAUACAUUUUUCAAAUGAAUCACUUAAUGUAUUUCCUUUUAAAGAAUAAUUUAUUCUUUAGUCGCAAAAUGUUGUAAGAAAUAUUCACCAGGUGUAUUAAGGAAAUAUGAUAUAUUGAAUAACAAAUUGUACAAAAAAAUAAGCAUAUACUCAUAUAUAUAUAGUUUAUACAAGGACACGUGUGUUGUCAUGUUUACUUUUAUUGUUGAUAAUCAGAUUCAAUGUUGUUGACGGCAGAUGUAUGUUAUAUUUUGCCACAGUUGAAUUGGUAGCAGAAGAAAUAUCUUUUUAAAUACUAUAUACUUAUGCUGUUAUAUAAAUGUCCUCCCUAAACUGCCCAUAUUACGCAUUGUGUUUUCCUUACUGUAUACCUAACAUAGGAAACUAUACUGAAAGUCUUGAUAAAGAUAAAUACAUUUCUUUUGUUUUAAUAGCUGACUUUGUAGAAGAGAUUUUCUUUCUUUGAAUGAUUGUCCUCGACUGUCAUUUCUUAUUUCGAAUUUUCGAGAAAAUGAUGCUUUGUUCGGACUUGUUUCAAUUAAGAUAUUGCAAAAAGCUGCAGAACAGAUUUUUUUCAAACAAAAGAUUACAUGAAAAAGUGCUGGAAUUGUGGUCCUUUAAAGUUUGCAUGUACUAGGGAUAUUAUUUUUAUCCUCAUAGUCUCUAGAUCCUUAAUCUGUUAUCAUUCAAGGAAUGUAAAGAAUAAUGAGUGAAUGUAGUUUAGAUACAUAUUUCAAAUUAUUAUUUAUUUGUUGAAUACUGACUGUGAUAAAUUAUGCUGUGUUCAUUUUUUCGAGUUGGGUGAAUGUGCCUUUCAUUUCUCCGUAGAUUAGUCGUACUUUCUUCUACUCUGUUAACCUACAAGAAAUCAGUCUAAAAUAGUAUUAGACCACCGAAGGCUAAUAAACACAUAUUAUGAUUUACAAAAUUAUAUUAUAAGAUAUACAUCUUACAAUAUAUACAAUAUUGGAUUGUGUUAUGUAUCGUAGAAUAUUUCCAAAAAGGAUUAUAGAAUAUUUACAAUAUUGUACUGUGGUAAAUAUCUUACAAUAUUGUAUGAUGAUAUUUAUAUAUACAUAUAUAUAUAAGUAUUGUAAUAGAAAUCUAGCAUAUUGCAUAUGUAUCUUGCGUAUUAUGAUAUCCAUAUUAUUUAUAACGAUACAAAUAUAACGUAUUAUGGUAUACAUAUUACAUUAUAUUAUACAUAUUACGCAUUAUGAUAUCAAUUUUAAGUAUGGCUACAUAUAAAUUACAUAUUGUGAUAGACAUUUAACUUAUUAUCAUAUACGUAUUAAGUAUUUUGUUAUACAUAUUGAUUAUUGUGAUAUACGUCUGUGAUGUUGGUUUCCGUCCGUUAAGCAUUUAGGUUUUACUCUGCAUUAAUUUGCUAUUUUUUAAAUAGUUAAAUACAUUUUUAUAAAAAAAAUCUGUUACUAGUCUAAGUUUUAAUUAUAGUUGUAUAUUAGUAAGCUAUUUAUUUUAUAUUGAGGCGAUUAGAUCUAAAUUUCAAUACACUUCAGAUAUUAUUUGAAUGUGGAUAACUUAAUUGGACGAUGCCAUUUCAUAGUUUUAUUUUUCUAGGCAUUUUUUUAAGUAUAAUCGCAGCUGGAAAUUAAUAAUUUACCAAUAACUUUUAUUUAUGGACUGCAUCAAGCAGGUUUAAGAUAGCAACAAAGUGCUAUUUCAUGAUGCUAUUUCUUUAAUCAAGCCAUUUUGUAAUUUUCUGGUGUUUUUUUCUGUUAAAUAGUGACGAAUGCUGAUGUCCUUUUUGUCAACAGAUGUAAAUUGAUUAAAAUAGUCAUUUUAUAAAACAUUGAUACAGUUACUAUUUGAAAUCACGCUAGACAUGGUAUGUCGAAUUUUAGUGCUGGGUGAGGGAAUUUGUGGAGAGAAUCUACAGAGUUUUGUAUAUUGUGAAUUAUAAACCAUUUUGUAUUAUAAAGACUAUAAUCUCAUUCAUGUGAUACAUUUGAACUAUUUUCAGAAGCUUGUAUUUCUCAAAAUAAAUUUGCUUUCA